AUGACAGGUACUGCGCAGCUAAGAAAAUUUAGUAAUAAUAUUAGAGUACCUAAACUAAAAAUCCUAAUAGCUUCAGGAAUUGAAGCGAUCUUCUGCGCCGACGCCCUCACAGAGGCGAAAUCGGUGGUGAAAAAGUUGAUAACAAUUGAAGAAGAUCUGCAGAGCCUAGAGAAAGGAAAGGAACAGUUGAUUCAGGAAGGAAUCUUCGACAAAGAAUCUGCAGCGCCGUUCACAGAAAAGCUUCGGCAUAGCAAAAAGAAGACAAAGGAGUUGGGAGUGAGAGCUGAGGAUGCCGUGGAACGUCUGGAGGAUUGCUCAAAUGACGAAGAAGUCGUGAACGAGCUUAUUAGCGAAUGGAAUCGUCAUGAGUCGUCCAUGAAAAAUCUCGAAGAACUCGAACGUCUUCUUCGAGAAAAUGCCGUCAAAGUCAGCGAAGCUGUUUGCGCUGAUAAAAGACGAAGAGCUGAUGCGCUCAAGAUACGAUUAGAUGGCUGGAGUCGAACUGUGCAGGUAGAAUUUUCUAUAUUUUUAAAGGUGAAAAUUGAGGAUUUUAAGGUUUAGUC